AUGACAGAUAAGGAAAAAGACAUAAAGAAAGCAAAAACAAAAUUUCUUCAUGACAAUGCGAAAAUGAGUGAUAGACUUAAUUCCUUUGAUAACCUUUGCCGAUUAUUAAGUAAGAAAGAAUUAGAAGAAUGGAUAAGUGAGUAUCAAGAAAAUUUUAAUAGAUUUUGUGAAGAAGUAAAUAGGAUGUUAGAAGGAAUGUUAAAAAGUUCUAAGAUGAUUGAAGAUGCGGUUGUGAAUAAAAUUCUUGGUGUUAUUAAUUGGGGAUUAAUUUUAAAUGAAAAAACGAAAAUAUUAGAGAAGAAAAAUUAUCAACAAUUUAUUAAAGAUUGUUUAUGCAUUGAAACAGAAAAAAGUAUUAGAGAAGAGACUUUUAAAAUUGUAUUAAAUUGGAUUAAGUUAAAAGGAUCAACUAAUCAAGAGGAAGUUAAAAUACUUAUUGGUGCAUUAAAUAUUAAUAGCUUUAUGGAAACUACAAUAACUCUUAGUACAUCUAAACCAUUAGCAAUUGGAAUAUCAUCAAGUUUUACUCCAUUAAAUAAUGGACCUAUAUUACCAACUGGUCCAAUAUUAAUGUAUGAAACACAACAUUUUAUUAUUUCUAAUAAUUCAAUGACAAAUAAAACAAUAGAGUCAUUAACUUUUAUAAAUUAUGUAAUGAAAGAAGUAAUAAAUGAAAAAGGAAAACGAGGAAAAGGAUUAAUAUCAUUAUUUAUAGCUUUAAUGAAAUUACUUUAUUCAAAUCAAAAUACAGAGUUCAAAGAAUUUCAAACAGAAAAUGAAUUAAAAGGAUAUAGUGGAAUUCAAAAAAUUUCUGAAAAAAUACAUUCAAUUGUUAUUAAUUCAUUAAAAGAAAUUAAUGAAGAAGAAGUAAUUGAAUUACUAAAUGAAAUACCAGGAUUUAUUGAGUUAUUAAAAGUAAUUUAUUCUAUUUCAAUGAGAGAAAAAAUAACAAUAGUUAAAGAUAGUAUUGAGUGGUAUUUUAGAGUGUUUAUAUGUCAAACAAAAAUAGAGGGAAUUAUUAAUUCAAUUGAAUAUAAUGAUUUUAGAAAAUUAAUAAUUGAAGGAAUAAAAACGAGAAUUGAUAUCAUUCAAAAUAAUGAAGAAGAAUUAAUGCUUAUAAAUUGUUUACAUAAUAUAGUAUUAAACAUUUAUUCUUCAAAUAUUAAUGCAAUGAUUCAAAGAACAUUGGUUGAUACAAUAAAAUUAUUUACUAUUGGUAAAUUAGAACGUUUACAAAAUUGUUCAAUUGAUAAAAAACGAAGUACAAGAAUAAUGAUUCAAAUUUUAUUGUAUUGUUGGUUAUGCUAUAAUAGUAAAAAUGAAAAAGAAUGGAAAAUAUUACAAAGUAUAAUUAAAGAAUAUUAUAAUAUUCCUGGAGUAGUUGAUGGUAUUUCUGAUAUUAUUGGACAUAUUUUAUUCUUUCUUUUAUUAGUUUAUUAUAAAUUUGAACCUAAUCAACUUGUUAUUUCUGAACAAGCAAUAAUAUCACCUGUAGUUGAAAUUCCUACUAAACAACCAAUAGAUAAACAUACAUCAAUACCAAUACAAUAUGAAUAUCUUUAUUCAAAUCUUGAAGUACCAAAGUCUAUUCCAUUUCUUUAUAGUUUAACUAAUAAAUGGAAUCAAAUGGAUUUUAUUUAUUUUUAUCAAUUAAUGAUUAAAUUUUUCACUCAAAUACAUGUAAAUGAAUUUCCACUUUGUGUAAUAAGAAAUAUUCAUAUUAUUAUAAUUACUUCGUUACUUAUUUUGAUUCAAUAUGAAAAUAUUUCUCAAUAUAAUUCUUCAUCAAAUGAACUUAAUUUAAAAAUGAUUUAUACUGACUAUUUAUUGUCUUCUUUAAAAAGUAAUGAUUCUUUAAUUAUUAAUUUAACUAUUAAAGCAUUUUAUCAAUUAUAUUCUAAAGGAACAAUUAUUUCUAAGAUUGGAUAUAAUAUUAUUGAUUAUUCAUUAGAGUCUUUAAACCAAACACAACUAUUUAAUGCUUUAGAAAAUCUUACAGAAGUAUUUUCUUCAUUGAACCCAUCAAGUUUUAUAUUAAUUCCAACAAUCCUUAAAUCAAUUCAAAAAUUAGAAAAAUUACCAAAUGUUGAUAUUCUUCCUGAAUAUGAUAAUACUUUUAUUCCAUAUGACAAAAGACUCGAAUAUCCUUCAUUAAAUUGUGGGUUAAAAGUUAUUACUUUAUUACAUUCUAUUCAGUCUCUAAAAGAUUUUGAUGAAACUGCUUUAGAAAUAAAACAAAAAAAGGAAAAUCAAACAGAAAUAAAUUUCUCUAAACCAGCACAUAAAAUUUAUAUUGAGUUAGUUAAAUGUUAUAAACAUUUGAUUAACAUUUUAUUAUCAACAUUUUGUCAUACAUCAAUAGUUUGGGGCAUUACAAAAUGUAUCAUAGAAAUUGGUGAAUAUAUUAAAAUAAAUUCUGAUGAAAAUAAUGGAGAAUUAACUACGUUUAUGUUAGAAGAAUUAAUUGAUCUUAUUAUUGGUGAUUUCCAAGACUUAGAAAGUAGUAAAGUUAAAAACAUAGAAAUGUGUAUUAAUUAUUUGGCUAAAAUGAAUGAAAAAUUACCUGAUGAAACUAUUGAAUAUAUUAUAGAUACCUUAUGUAAAUUAACAUAUACAACAAAAGAAAAAAGUCAACGAGGAAGUAUUGUUAAUGGAAUAGGAAGUUUUUGGUUAAAUUGUCGAAACCUUAUUGAAAGAAUUAGUGAAACAACCGUUAAAGAAUGUUUUACUAUAUUCCAAAAGAAUAAUAAUAAUGAAAAAAAGGUUAAUGAUGAUAGUGAUGAUAAGAUAGAUGAUGUUUUUGAAGGGAAAGUAAUUAUUGAGAAUCUUAUGCAUUCAGUACAUGAAUUUGAGAGUGGAGAAGAUUAUAUUAAAGAUGAAGAAAAUGGAAUUAAUUUUGUAAUGAAUGACAGAAUUUAUUGUGUUUAUUAUAAUGAAAAUAAAGAAGAAGUUAAUAUUAUUGUUAGGGAUCUUGUUGGAAAAUGGGGAUGGAGAUUAAAAGAAAUAAGAAAUCAAAAUGAUAUUAAAGAAUGGAAAGAAAUAGAAAAAGAAAAGAAAGAAAACAAAAUUGAACUUAUUUCACCUCGUCAAUGCUUAAUUAAAAGUAAAGAAGAAAUUGUAAAAAAUAAACUUGAUGAGUUAGUUGAAGAAAUGGAACAAGAAAAUAAAGAGUUAUUUGAAGUUGAAAACAAAGAAGGAUUUAAUAAUAAUAUAAUUAUGAAAGAAAUAGAAGAUAUGAAAGAAGAAUUUGAAGUAAUGAAAAAGAAUAUCCUUUUAAAUACUAAAGAUGAAAUUAAAAAGGAAAGAAGAAAAGAAAUAAUACAAAACCAAAUCAUUAAAAAAGAUGAUGCAAAAAAUAAAAGAAUUACUGAAAUUAUUAAGACUAUUAUUUGGUUAACUAACUGUAAGCCAAAUGAAAAAGUCCCAUUAAAAAUACUUAGUUGUAAAGAAACAUAUAAACUAUGGAAAAAUAAAUUAGAUCAAGCAAGACCCAAAGAAACACAUAAAUUAGGAAUUGUUUAUGUUGGUAUUGGCCAAUUUAAAGAAGAAGAAGUUCUUGGAAAUACUAAAGGUUCAGAAGGAUAUAAUGAAUUUAUUAAACAAUUAGGUGAAGAAAUUAAUCUUAAAGGAUGGAAUAAAUAUUGUGGAAAAUUAGAUACUAAAUUUGAAAGUGAUGGGGAUAAAGCAUUGUAUUAUUGUGAUGAACGAGUUGAAAUUAUUUAUCAUGAAGUUGUUAAAAUACCAAUUAAGAAAGGAGAAUUAAUUUAUCAACAAAAGAAAAGACAUGUAGGAAAUGACCGAGUUCAUAUUAUUUAUUGUGAGUCUAAAUAUUAUAACCCAUUAACAAUUACAAGUCAAUUUAAUAAUGCUCAUAUUAUAGUUUAUCCAAUUAAUAAUAUGUAUAGAAUUCAAGUUUAUUAUAAAGCAGGUGGAAGUUGGGGACCAUUACAAAAUGAAAUGAUUGUCUCUAUUGACCAAAUUGGAACACUUGUUAGAGAAACAGCAAUUUAUUUAGACAAAGCUUCAUUAAGUAGAUUUACUACAGAUAAAUUAAUGAAUCAAUACAUCUCUCGUCAAUUAAUUAUUGAAAGAAUUACUAAAUUAGCAGAACCCAAUGAAAUUGAUUUAUUACAUCUUGUUAACAGAAUUAAAGAAAUAUCAUCAUCACUUUAA